CAUUCCAAACUCUUGACCUUUUAUCUGGAGGUCGCUGUCAAGAAUUAUCCACCACUGUAACGUAUUGAAUUUUCACUUUUUUUUAUUCAUUAAUAGGUCGGGUUUGAAAAUGAUGAAUACCUCUUCAGCAGCAACUGAAUCAUCUUCUGACGGACCUUCAACAACAACACAACCAGAUACCACGCAAACAACCACCGACAAAACUUCAAGCAAACCUUCAACAACAAUGCAGCCAGUUACCACACAAACAACGACCAAGAAAACUUCAAGCAAACCUUCAUCAACAACGCAGCCAGUUACCACACAAAGAAGGACCAAGAAAACUUCAAGCAAACCUUCAACAACAAUGCAGCCAGUUACCACACAAACAACGACCAAGAAAACUUCAAGCAAACCUUCAUCAACAACGCAGCCAGUUACCACACAAAGAAGGACCAAGAAAACUUCAAGCAAACCUUCAACAACAAUGCAGCCAGUUACCACACAAACAAAGACCAAGAAAACUUCAAGCAAACCUUCAACAACAAUGCAGCCAGUUACCACACAAAGAAGGACCAAGAAAACUUCAAGCAAACCUUCAACAACAACGCAGCCAGUUACCACACAAACAACGACCAAGAAAACUUCAAGCAAACCUUCAUCAACAACGCAACCAGUUACCACACAAAAAACGACCAAGAAAACCUCAAGGAAACCCUCAUCAACAACGCAGCCAGUUACCACACAAACAACGACCAAGAAAACUUCAAGCAAACCUUCAACAGCAACACAACCAGUUACCACACAAACAACGACCAAGAAAACUUCAAGCAAACCUUCAUCAACAAUGCAGCAAGUUACCACGAAGUUACCAGAAGAUGAAAAGAAAGAUAAUAAGACUGAAAGAGCAUCCCCUAGUGUUGGUGCUACCACAGAGAAGGAUCUUGGGCCACAUGUAAACAAUAAGCUGUUGCACCAUGCAGGCAAUUUUCCUGUCAUUUUUAUGCUGAUGCUUGUGGUUGUGGUGGCUGGUUACUUUGCCUAUCACAACAGAACCAAGAUCCAUCGAUUCAUAAAGGAAGGCUUUGGCAAGGCAAAGCAAACAGGGUCAGCUUACGUCAAAGUCAAACUGGAAGAUGAUAUCGAACUACCGCGUGAAGCUAACAGGCAAUACGUCUAUUAAAACACGACUGGAUGUGAUAAUAGGUAGAAAAGAAGAAAAGUAGCUGUGAAACAGCAAAUACGCUAUACUUUUCUUCGAAAACAAAGUCAUGUUAGUUUCACCUCAUGCAUAGUCACUGUGUUUAGUGAUCAAGUAUUUCAUGAUGUCGCAUUAGCAGCUCUUCACGCCAACGAAACUACAGGCUUAGGAGUACUCUGAGAAUGUCAUAGACACGCUUGAAGGGAACAAUGAGAUUCGUACCUUUUUAAGGGUUUCAACUGCGUUGUUGAUACCACUCACAUGUACUAGAUAGUAAACUAUAAGAUCUCACAUUUGCAGUCAUUGUGGCCUAAGUAGGUUUUCCUUCGCAAAGAGAUGUACAGUCUAACCCCUAUUAAGUGGCCACCAAUUAAACAGCCACCCCUAUUAGGUGGCCUGUAAUCAAAGUCCCAAUGAUGGCUUUUCUAUUGCUUUUACCAGUUGCAUUAAGCGGCCAACCCCUUUAAGCGGGCACUACCCAUUGCCGUCCCCGAGGGUGGCCGUUUAAAAGGGGUUAGACUGUAAUUAUUGAGAAAUGCAAUUGUAUUUUUAACUUCGAAAUUUUGUAUCGUUUUAUCUUGCUGUAGGAUAAGUAAGUAAGUAACUUUAUUUAAUGAGGGUAAAAACACUUUAGUCAUUGACUGAUAAACUCGUGGCCCUCCCUUAAACAAUUAAAAUAUAAAUCACAAUGAUUUUAAAAAUAUCUAACUAUGAAUAAUAAGUAUAAAACUGGUAAAAUUACCAACAUCAAUAAAAUGGACUAGAAUCUUGUUGGUGCAUGCGAUACAAAGAGUUAGAGGACACUAAGAAAUUGUGAAAUGUUCAAUAUUUGCAUACCCCUUCUUUAUAAGCUUGA